AUGUAUAUCUCAGCUAUUUUUGAGAUACAACAAAUAGUGAGACAAGAACAAAUACGAAAAGAACAACGAGAACGUAAACAACAAGACCCACAACAAUCACAAUUGGUCCCAACUUCAAAUCGACAUCAUCGUAAACACGCAAAACGAGAACAUUUAAAAUCAGCUUCAUCGAACAAUGAUUCACCUCUAAUGGAGAGAAAACAACGAAAAAAAAUAACUUUUACUAAAACAUCUCAAGCAUCAGCGGAUAGUUUAAUGAUUUAG